GACCCUAUCCACGGCGCAGGUCACUUUAUUCAUGCAAUUUUAUAUCAGUAAGAAAAAUAGUUGGAUCGGCCGUGUUUGUUUAGGAAUGAUAGCAAUAGUCCCGACUGCGAGUCGCUCAACAGACAUCGAUCCAACAUCCGGUUGUCCUUGCAGAUAUUUUUAGGUCUAUUGUUUAUAAGCUAUGCUGCCUUGUUAGAAUGGUCAAAACAGCUCCCUGAUUUAAAUACGUCCAAAAUCAGACAAAAAUGAAUAGACGGAAGAUCAAACAGCAAGUCAGCGAAAAGCAAAAGCUGACUGAAGUGAUGGCCGAUAUCCGCGAAAAGGAUCGCGAACGGAUAGUUUUCUUCCGUCAGAUUGGAGAAAUUGCUGAUAGAUAUGCUUGGAAAGGCAUCCACCAGAACGGCAAUCAUGGUAAGAAGAAACGCCCGACAGGAAAAAUUCCAGCUAUUCCUACAAGUAUAGUCCCUCCCGGGAAUAAGUCAAUGGUUCCAUUUCCCUCUCUGUGGAUGGAGUCCAUUUUUAAACGUGUUGGAUUAGAAAUCCCGAACCAGUCGUUGACGAAUGAGCUUAAACAAGAAGUAGAUUUCGAUUACUGUACUGCAAUUAAGAACAUCAAGACAUCCAAUUUAGUAAAACCACCAAUUUCAGCUGGAGAAUAUGGACUCGUACUGGAUAACAGUAAAAAUAGUUUCAAAGAGGCUCUUCGUGUUAUUCAACGCAAUUUAAUUCGAUGUCAUCCUCUAAUUCAUCGGCCGGCCGUUCAUUUACGCUCGAAAUUGAUCAAUGUUCGAUUGAAACCACUAUUAAGAGGAGAGUACAUAUCACUUGAGGACAUGAUUGAUUCCAUUUGGUCUGAAUGGAAGAAAACUACAGAUGAAUUCAAGGAAGCCGCACUCAGCGUUCGCCAACGAAUACUCACCAAAACGAAAAACAGUCCAACAGCAGUUCAACGACUAGCCAGAAUAGAUGCCACUGUAUGCGUCAUGCUUUCCUUGCAGGUCCAAGAAACUUGUGCAAGACUGAUGAAAGAUUUGGCAGUUUUACUUGGAAGCCCCGCAUUCGUUCCAUUAUCGAUUGGCGUUGGCUGUUGUAAUAAAGAAAAUGUGAUCACCGUUACUCACACAGCUGAAGAUAUCGAAAAGGCUCUAUUGGAUCUUCUCGAAAAAAUUACUGUCAAUGUACCUUUCGAUGCUGAUGCUAUCCCUGCAAAAUGCAACCUAAGUCUCACCGUACCGACUGAUGUGCAGUUAAUUUUCGAAGAUAGUAUCCGACGUUUUUCCGCUAAGUGCCGUGAAGAGAAAGAUUUCUAUCUUAAGGAAUGUGACACGCGGUUUGGCGAUAUUAUUCGUGGAGAAGUAACCGCUAAAACAGACGAGCUUUUGGCUGCGGAAGAAUGUAGCAUCGAUGUGUUUAUCCCUGCAAUAAUUGAACUUCGUUCUCGGCUUAAGCAGGCUGGCCUUCUUUGGGAAAUCUACCCUUACCAUCGUUUAUGGUUCUUGAAUGUGGAAUUGAAGGUCGAGAUUCACAGCCGGUUGACAAAUGAAAAAACCCGUUUGAAAGAGUGUUUGCUAGGAAAAUAUCGCAAGGAGACUAAUCGGUUGCUGGCGGAAUUGGAUCGAAUGAAAAAACAGAUUCUGCAGCCUCCUUCAAACACAAUGGAACUGCUGGGACGUAGUGCCUACUUGGAGGAAGCUCGCAAUAAACCCCUGAACGAUCUGAUCGCCUCUAUGACAGCACUCAAAGGACUUUUCGUUCGGCUUACAGAGAUUGUCACUUAUAGCGACGCUGAUGUUAUAAGAUCUUCGCAAGCAUUCUUCGGACCUGACGAGAUUGUACCUAUGCUUGACGAUGGCACUGAGUUGAUCGCAAAAUAUCGGAGGCAAUUUGAAGAUCGCUAUCAGGAAGUACUUGAAAAGACACAAAAAGAUUUGAAGCGCUUGAAGGUGAAGAUGAAACAUUUUAACAAUUGUGGUGACUGGGAAUCGGUAGAGCAUUACGUUAAAGAUAUUACGACAAUGUCCCGUAAAGUUCAAGAGAUCCAAAAAACAGCCAACUGGAUUACCCAAGAAGAAAUUCAGCUCAAGUACCCCAUCACAUCAUUCCCGGAAAUUGUAGAGAUUAACAAUUACAUUGAGCCCUACAUUCGCCUUUACGUCAGCGUUCACUCUUGGCGAAAACUGCUGAAACGCUGGUUAGAUGGUGAUUUCCAUAAUUUGAAUGCUGAUGAUAUAGAAAAUCAAACGGACGAAAUGUCGAGGGAAAUGUUUCGACUCCAAAAAGUGUUUCGAGCUAGAGGAAAACAAUUGGAAGUUGGUAACGCUCAGUCAAGAAAAGCAAACGAAGGCGCCAACCAAAUGGGAUCAUCUUUAAAGAUGUGUCAAAGAGGGCUAGAUGACGUGAAAGAUUUCAAGGUACAAUUACCACUAGUUGGAGUUAUCUGUAAUCCUGGUCUAAGGGAACGACACUGGAAAGACAUGUCGGAGCUAGUAGGCAAAGAUUUAAAGCCAAACACGGGAACUACGCUGAGAAAGUUCUUGAAUCUCGGCUUGAUGCCCUAUUUAGAAAAGUUUGAAGUGAUCAGUGGAGCAGCCAGCAAAGAAUUCAGUUUAGAAAGAGGCAUGAAAUCUAUGGCUGAAGAAUGGAAUGUCGUGGUUUUUUCUACCGCCAAAUACAGAGACACAGACACACCUAUUUUGGCAGGCGUGGAUGAAAUUCAAGCUCUUUUAGACGACCACCUUAUUAAAACACAAACCAUGAAAGGAUCGCCUUUCGUCCGACCAGUAGAAAAGCAAUUACUCGCAUGGGAGAGUACUUUGUUGAGAAUUCAACAGACUAUCGAGGAAUGGCUGGUAGUUCAAAGUCAGUGGCUGUAUCUGGAUCCGAUUUUUUCAUCGCCAAAUAUUAUCGAUCAAAUGCCUGAAGAGGCUGCUCUAUUUAAGAACGUCGAUUCAAUCUGGCACAGCGUUAUGAGUGCACUGGUUUCAGAUCCAAAUGUGAUGCAAACAGCCGGAUCGGUUGGAUUGCUAGAACAGUUGACCCAUUCGUCGAAACUUCUUGAACAAAUCAACUUUGGUGUCAACGCGUACCUCGACAAAAAGCGGCUAUAUUUUUCAAGGUUCUUUUUCCUUUCGAACGAGGAAAUGCUGGAUAUUUUGUCAGAAACGAAGGACCCGCUGAGGGUACAGACUCACCUUAAAAAGGUCUUUGAAGGGAUCGCUUCGUUAGAGUUUGAUGAGGAUUAUGUUAUUCACGCAAUGAUCAGUCCGCAAGGAGAGCGAGUUCCAUUUAUCAAUCCAGUAAGGACUGCAGAUGCUCGAGGAAGCGUUGAAGUUUGGCUUCUUCAGGUUGAGGAAGCUAUGAUUGAUGCGUGCCGCGGUACAAUCCAGCAAUCGCUAAAAACCUGCGUCGAAUCAAGCCGACACGAUUGGGUAGCGAAGACCCCGGGACAAGCUGUACUCUGCGCCGCUCAAGUUCAAUGGGCGGCUGGUAUCACUCACGCUAUUAUGCAAGGACCUAAAGCGCUGAAGCAGUAUUAUAAGGAUCUAUGUUGUAAAUUGAACGAGAGCGCUUCGCUGGUAAAAAUGCCUUUGGCUAAAUUAGCGCGUACUACUUUGGGAGCUCUGGUAGUAACAGAAGUACAUACACGAGAUCUCGUCCAUGAACUGAUAGAAAAUGAUGUUACCGACAUAAACAACUUUAGUUGGAUUUCCCAAUUACGCUAUUACUCAGAAGAAAACAACGAAAUUCUUGUAAGGAUGAUUAAUGCUACAUUGAAAUACGCAUACGAGUACUUGGGCAAUACAUCGAGAUUGGUUAUCACACCACUGACUGAUCGCUGCUACCGAACACUCAUCGGAGCAUACCACUUGCAUUUGAGUGGUGCACCGGAGGGUCCAGCUGGUACGGGUAAAACAGAAACUACCAAAGAUUUGGCCAAAGCACUAGCCGUCCAAUGUCUGGUAUUUAAUUGCUCGGAUGGUCUGGAUUAUGUAGCUAUGGGAAAGUUUUUUAGGGGUCUGGCAUCAUCCGGAGCAUGGGCAUGUUUUGAUGAGUUCAACCGAAUUGAGGCUGAAGUGUUAUCAGUGGUUGCCCAGCAAAUGCUCUCUAUUUUACACGCCAUUCAAUCUCACAUGAAGACUUUCAUUUUUGAAGGGAUUGAACUGAAAUUAAAUCCCAUGUGCUUUGUCUGUGUGACUAUGAAUCCCGGAUACGCGGGUCGUUCUGAACUGCCAGACAAUUUGCGGGUUCUUUUCCGGACUGUGGCCAUGAUGAUUCCUGAUUAUUCAAUGAUUGGAGAGAUCUCACUUUACUCUUACGGAUUCACAGAUGCGCGUAAUCUAGCCACAAAAAUUGUCACUACCUAUAAACUUUGCUCUGAGCAGCUUUCCACGCAGAGCCAUUACGAUUACGGUAUGCGAGCUGUGAAGUCUGUGCUGGUAGCCGCUGGUAAUCUCAAAGUCCAGUCACCGACGGACGCAGAAGACUCCCUUAUCCUUCGUUCCUUAAUGGAUGUAAAUUUGCCCAAGUUCUUGGCUGGAGAUCUUACUCUAUUUCAUGGUAUCAUAGCUGAUCUUUUUCCUGAAAUACCUCUGCCUCAGUCUAAACACAAUGCUUUGCUGGCUGCCAUUCAACAGGCUUGCGAUGAGAGAGACUUGUUGUUGACGGAUAAAUUUGCACAGAAAGUUAUUCAAAUGUACGAGAUGAUGUUAGUCCGACAUGGAUUCAUGCUCGUCGGUCGACCAAUGGGAGGCAAAUCGACAGUGAUUCAAGUUUUGGCAGCUGCUUUGAAUUUUCUUUCAACGAAGGAUAACGAAGAAACUGGCGUCAUGUAUCGCACGCUGAAUCCGAAAGCGGUUACACCAGGAUUGUUAUUCGGUCAGUUCGAUCCUGUAACUCACGAAUGGGUUGAUGGCAUUGUGUCACUCAUAUUUCGCGAACUAUCAACUUCAGAGUCAACAGCCCGAAAAUGGAUCAUCUUUGACGGACCGGUGGAUGCUGUUUGGAUAGAAAAUCUCAACACAGUAUUGGAUGACAAUAAAAAACUUUGUCUGGCGUCGGGUGAGAUCAUCGGCCUCACACCAUCGAUGUCUUGCAUAUUUGAAGUCAUGGAUUUGGCACAGGCGUCACCUGCAACUGUUUCUCGUUGCGGUAUGGUUUACGUCGAUCCCGGUGAUCUUGGCUGGCAACCCCUCUUUCAUACCUGGCUAAAGUCCUUCACGUCAAACUGGAAAGCCACAUUAGAACCCGUGCUCAUCAGUCUGAUUCAGUGGCUUGUUCCAGCCUCUCUUAGCGGCAUCCGCAAAUUUGGUGUCGAGUUGCUGGUUGUGGAGGAGAACAGCAAAGUCUCGUUUCUCUUACGUAUGGUGCAAGCUUUAAUGCAACGGUGUUGUGCCGGAUUGAAAGAUGUCAGAUAUGGCCGUGCCUGGCUGCAGGCUUCAAUACUUUUUGCGCUCACGUGGACAGUUGGCGGAGCUCUAGAAAGCGAAAGUCAGAUCAAAUUUGACACCUUUGUGAGAUCGCUGUUGUCAGGAAAAAGUGAGGCCUUUCCAUAUCCAACAAGUGCUGGACGUUGGGAGUGUCAUUUACCUUCUGACGGAACCCUUUAUGAUUACGUUUACGAGUACAAGCAGCGUGGUCAGUGGCGUCAGUGGGCUGAAACUGUCCGGAAUAUACCCAUUCCUGAUGCAAAAUCUCUUAAGGAACUUACUAUACCUACGGUUGACACUGCAAGGUACUCGUAUCUAUUGGAUCUAAGCAUAGCUAGCCGUACACCAAUACUACUUGUUGGCCCCACUGGAACGGGAAAAUCUCUUUGCAUCCAGGAAAAAAUGAGUGGAUUCAGCGAUGAAGAAUUCGCCUCCCUUUCUCUAACGUUCACUGCUCAAACAUCGGCAGCUCAAGUUCAGGAUUUGAUAUUGAGUCGGUUAGAGCGGCGUAAAAAAGGUAUCUAUGGUCCACCGGCCGGUCGUCGGUGUUUGGUUUUUGUUGAUGACCUCAACAUGCCAGCAAAAGAAACUUAUGGAGCACAGCCAUCGCUAGAACUUCUCCGGCAGUACUUUGAUUAUCAUCAAUGGUAUGACCGCAAAGAGGCUAAUCUUCUGGAUAUUCAAGAUAUUCAAAUUUGGGGAGCAAUGGGUCCUCCUGGUGGUAGUCGUCAAGAGAUAUCUCCACGAUGUCUACGCCAUUUUCAUAUUAUUGCCAUUAAUCCGUUCUCCGAUUCUACAAUGACUCAUAUCUUCAGUACCAUCUUAACAAUCCACUUAAGCAAAGGAGGAUUUCCUCCAGACGUCUUCAGUCUUGUCGGUUCUAUCGUUUCUGCAACUUUGGAGAUCUACCGUGCAGCUUUAAGAGUACUCCUCCCCACACCAUCAAAAGCUCAUUAUGUUUUCAGUCUGAGAGAUUUUGCUCGAGUCAUCCACGGUUGUUGUCUCAUUCAAAAGGAUGCCGUUGAGAACCGAAGAACAUUUUUGAGGCUUUGGAUUCACGAAGUGUUACGCGUCUUCGGUGACCGACUAGUCGACGAGAAUGACACCAAUUGGUUGUACAACAUGCUACGUGAAUGUGUCCGCACCCAUUUUCGGGAGAACUUUGACGGUUUACUUGAACAUCUUGGUCGCACCGAUGGCAGAGUGACGUUGGCCAGUCUAGAAAAUUUAAUGUUUGGAGAUUAUACUGUGCCAGACUUGCUUCAAGAAGACAGAACUUACAAGGAGGUUACCGACGUGACGCGGCUCGAUUCGGUCAUAAUGAGUUACAUCACAGACUAUAAUAAUACGAAUAAAUCCCGAUUGAAUCUCAUCCUUUUCCAAUAUGUGCUAACACACUUGAGCCGGAUUAGUCGCGUGUUGCGGAUUUCAGGUGGCCAUGCUCUGUUGAUUGGUGUAGGUGGAUCAGGACGACAAUCCCUAACGAAAUUGGCAGCUUCCAUGGCAGGAUACACGCUUUUUCAGCCGACUGCCAAACCUAAUUACGGACUAAAUGAAUGGCGCGAAGAUGUAAAACGUGUACUGCGAACGGCUGGUGGUCUUGGUCGUGACGUUGUCUUUCUAAUUUUGGACUCUCAACUCAAUAAUGCUUCGUUCCUUCAAGACAUUGAUUCAAUGCUAAACAGUGGCUUGGUACCUAACAUCUUUUCUGUGGAAGAGAAGCAAGAGUUGAUUGAAUUGGUCAGGAAAAAUCGACAGAGUGCCCCACAAAUGGAAAGCAGCCCGGCGUCGCUUAUGACUUAUUUUGCGCAGCAAUGCAAAGAUCAUUUACACUUGGUGUUGGCAUACAGCCCAUUGGGCUCCAGCUUACGCGAUAGUGUCCGAUAUUUCCCUUCUUUAAUUAACUGCUGCACCAUCGAUUGGUUUGAAGCAUGGCCAGAAGAAGCGUUGGAAAACGUAGCUGUAAGCACAGUAGAGACGAUCGAAAUUCCCGCUGAUACAAAACGUCAAGUAGUUGUGGCGUGCAAAUAUUUCCACACUACGGCAACGAAAUACGCAAACAUGUUUACGCUUAAACUAGGUCGACCAGUUUAUGUCACUCCGGCGUCUUACCUAUCACUAUUGGACGGAUUUCGCAAUUUGAUGUCGGAGCAACAGCAACAAAUCAGGCAGGCAAUUGAGCGAUAUCGCAGCGGUUUGUCUCGCUUAGCUGAAGCGUCCGCUCAAGUCAACCAGAUGCAGAUCGAAUUGUCAGAACUGCAACCAAAACUUGUGGAAGCUUCCAAACAAACGGAUCUCAUGAUGAAAACUAUUCAACAAGAAUCUGGGGAAGUAGAGAAAACGUCGACACUGAUUCGAGCCGAUGAAGUUGCAGCAAACGAGGAAGCUGCAGUUUCUACAGCAUUGAAAGCCGAAUGUGAAGCUGAUUUAGCCGAAGCAUUACCUGCAUUAGAAGCUGCUUUGGCUGCUCUCGAUACUCUCAAACCCGCUGAUAUUACUUUGGUUAAAUCCAUGAAGAAUCCACCGAAGGUUAUUAAAACGGUUAUGGCUGCCGUAUGUGUUAUGAAAGACAUCAAACCGGAGAAAAUUCUAGAUCCUGAUGGUUCCGGCAAAAAGAUCCUUGACUUCUGGGGGCCCAGUAAAAAGUUGCUCAAUGAUUUAGGCUUUCUUACUCAAUUGAAAGAAUACAAAAAGGAUACGAUCCCGCCUCACAUUAUGCAGCGAAUUCGCACAGAGUUUUUACCGAAUCCAGAUUUUGAGCCAUCAGUUGUGGCUAAAGCGUCCAGUGCAGCUGAAGGUCUUUGCAAAUGGGUGAAAGCCAUUGAAAUCUACGACAAAACGGCCAAAAUUGUAAUGCCGAAAAAAGCCAGGUUAGCUGCAGCCGAGGCUAGUCUUGAAGAGACGAUGAAUCUGUUGAACUUGAAGCGAAAUCAGUUAGCUGUAUUAGAAGCUCGGCUGGCCCAAUUGAAAGAUGAUUAUGCCGAAGGAUGCAGAAAACGGCAACAGUUGUCCGACGAUGUUGACAUGUGCUCUAAAAGACUCAGCCGAGCAUCAGCUUUGAUUGGUGGCUUGGGAACGGAAAGAGAGCGUUGGUCAGAUGCCGAGAUCAAAUUAAUGGAUAAAUUGGAGAAUUUGACUGGAGAUAUUAUGCUCUCCGCUGCUGUGAUGGCCUAUAUGGGUCCUUUGACAUCGGCCUUCCGCGAUCAGUGUACCGCCGAUUGGGUUCAAUUUACCACCAACUUGGGAAUACCGUGCUCAGCCCGUUUCAGCUUGUCUGACACGCUUGGUUCUGCCGUUCGGAUUGAAGGUUGGACAGAAGCGGGUCUCCCUAGGGAUAGUUUUUCUAUUGAUAAUGCAGUCAUGGUGUACCAUCAAAAGAAGUGGCCACUGCUUAUUGAUCCACAAGGCCAAGCGAAUGCGUGGUUAAAAUGCUGGGAACUCGAUCGAGGUUUAGUCGUCUUACGAGCAGGCCAAUCUGACCUUCUCCGCCAAUUAGAACAAACAAUUCCUUCUGGACGUCCUGUGCUUAUUGAAGAAGUAGGCGAAGAACUUGAUCCUUCCUUAGAUCCUCUUUUAUCGCGCUCCAUCCAGAAGCAAGGUGGAGUGGAAAUGAUACAGAUAGGUGAUGGAAUGGUCGAAUAUCACCGCGAUUUCCAGCUAUACAUGACUAGCAAGCUGCGAAAUCCUCAUUUUCUUCCAGAAGUAACAACUAAAGUUUUAGUCAUCAACGCCGCCAUCACUUUGAAAGGCUUGGAGGACCAAUUGCUCGGAAUUGUGGUUGCCGAAGAAAGGCCAGACUUGGAAGAGAUGCGUCAAAGGUUGGUCAAAGAAGGCGCUGCGUGUCGCUCAGCCUUGCAAGAAGUUGAGGACCAGAUAUUGGCUACGUUGAGUAAAGGGGGUAACUUGUUGGAAGAUGAAGCGGCCAUUCGUGUUUUGGACGAAUCUAAAGUACUUUCGGCUGAAAUCGUUACAAAGCAGCAGAUGGCUUCGGAAACAUCAGUACGGAUGGAACAAUCAAGACAGGCUUACAUGCCAGUAUCCCAGCACGCAGCAGUCCUCUUUUUCUGUUUGGCGGAAUUAAUCAACCUCAGUCCAAUGUACCAAUAUUCCCUUAAGUGGUUCAUUCGACUAUUUCUUCACUCUAUCCGCAACUCAAGCCGCCCGGAACGCGUUGAAGAACGGCUGGAGAUACUUCAGAAUCAUUUCGACCGUGCAUUGUACACCAACGUUUGCCGGAGUCUUUUUGAAAAAGACAAACUUCCAUUCAGCAUGGCUCUAACUUCUUCACUUAUGAUACAACGCGGAGAAAUGUCCUCCGCUGAGAUCGACCUCUUUCUUACAGGCAGCAAGAGUUUGACCCGCGGAAUAGCAGCUGAAUGCCCUGAAUGGCUCAGUUUAAAGACGUGGGAUCAAAUCUGUCAGUUGGCGGGUGAGCCACCCUUCAUCGACGCCAAUCGAUCCUUGAUGCGAGGGUCAGAUCAGUGGCAAUCUGUCGCCGAUGCAAUCAAUCCCUACGAAAUGGAUUUGCCAGAAGGCUGGAAUAAAAAAUGGAAACCAUUCCAGCGGCUCCUUUUCCUGCGCUACUUGGCACCCAGUAAAAUUGUUCGUAUGGUUAGAACAUUUGUGGCUGAGCAACUUGGCGUGGAGUUCGUCCAGCCGCCUCCGUUCGAUUUGUCCUGCUCUUUUGAUGACUCAGAUUCAACUACUCCGUUAAUCUUCCUGCUAACUGCUGGCGCUGAUCCUAUGGCCUGCUUACUUCGAUUUGCUGAAGAGUAUCGAUCUGGUGAUGGAACGCUUCACAUUGUUUCACUUGGCCAGGGACAGGGUGUCCUAGCUGAAGAAAAAAUCCGCCAGGCGAUCGUCAGUGGAGAGUGGGUCAUUCUACAAAACUGUCAUUUAGCAGCGUCGUGGAUGCCCGCCCUGGAGCGCAUCUGUCAGAAAUUGGGCAGCCAAACUAUCCAUCCCAAAUUUCGACUUUGGUUGACCAGUUAUCCAUGGGAAAGCUUUCCAGUAUCUAUAUUACAGAACGGUGUUAAAAUCACGAACGAGCCUCCUGUUGGAUUAAAAGAAAAUGUACUCAGAACUUUCAAUCCUGAUCCUUUGGACGAUCUUGUUCAACAGCAAGAUCAACUUGAAUGGCCUACCCAAAAAAUGUUGACCCUUCGGAAACUGAGCUACUCUCUCUGCUUUUUCCACGCACUGGUACAAGAAAGACGGACCUACGGUGCUAUAGGCUGGAACAUACCUUACGCAUUCGAUGAUUCUGAUUUGCAAAUUUCACUGAAACAAAUUCGCAUCUUUGUGACUGAUUACGAACAAGUCCCAUAUCAGGCACUGCAAUACUUAGUAGGAGAAUGUCAUUAUGGUGGCCGAGUGACAGACGAUUGGGAUCGACGUACGCUGAGCACUCUACUGGCAGAUUUCUGCAAUCCAGAAUUGGUUGAAAAUCCUUCAUAUUCCCUUGUACAACCAGUGCAUCCAAUGUACCAUCUGCCACAUUCGGCUGAUUACGAAUCGUUUUUGGAGGCAGUCCAACGUUUGCCGGUUUUGCAAGCACCGAACGUUUUUGGAAUGCACGACAACGUUACUAUUGGACGGGAUUUGCUCGAAGGAGACUAUCUACUAAGUAGCCUUCUUUCUCUGCAAGGUUGCUAUUCUUCCGGAAUAGACGAGAGUGAAGAAGGCGAGCAAGGUGAAGGAGAAGAAACUCGGGACGAUUCAGGCGAGAAAACGCAACAGCAAUCUGCUCCGCCUCCAGCAGCCUCAUCUCAAAAGAAGCCUACGGACGCAAUUUUGAAUGAAAUGAUUCAGGAUUUGAUCCAACAGUUACCGGACAACUUUGAUUUGGAUUUGGCUGAGGAAAAAUUCCCGAUUAAUUAUCUCCAACCACUGAACACAGUUCUGGUCCAAGAGAUGGGACGUUACAAUCGACUGGUCGGUAUCAUCCGCACAAAUCUUGGCUCACUGCAACGAGCUGUUUGCGGGCAUGUAACAAUGACGGCCGAGUUGGAAGCUACUGGAAAAGCAUUGCUAAGCAAUCGUGUUCCAGCCGUCUGGAGAGCAGCUUCUUAUCCUAGUCUAAAACCAAUGCGAGGCUAUUUUAGUGAUUUACUGGAACGGUUGCAGUUCUUCAGAUCAUGGAAUGAAGAAGGUCAGCCAGUGAUUUUUUGGCUUCCGGCUUUCUACUUUCCUCAAUCCUUCCUUACUGGGGCUCUACAAACAACGGCUCGUAAAAACCGAAUCCCAGUUGAUUGUCUUUACCACCACUGCCGAGUUAUGAGUCCCCAAAAAUUUGGCAAUCUUGAAACCCCUCCUACGGAAGGAGUUUACGUCCGUGGUUUGUUUCUUGUUGGAGCUCGCUGGGACGGUGACGAGGAAACCUUAACCGAACAACGUCCCAAGAUUUUGUGGGAAGAAAUGCCCGUUCUCUGGCUGAAUCCAUCCGAACAUCUUAAAGCUGGUAAACAGAUGAAUCAACAGGACACCUAUACAUGCCCUCUUUACCGUACAUCUGAGCGACGGGGAGAGCUAUCAACAACAGGUCAUUCUACUAACUUUGUUAUGUCGCUCGAGCUGCCGACCAAAAUACCACACACCCAUUGGAUAAAGCGAGGCGUGGCCCUUAUCACUCAAUCAGACGAUUAAAUGUAAGUGUUU